GGACCUGGAGCCUCAACAGCUUGUGCAGUUUGCUGUUAGCCUAGCUGUGCUGCUGCUGAGCAAUGACAUGCUUUGAUACAGAAAUGCUAUUCCAACGGGGCACAGCGUCUCAUCAGCUAGGCUAGCUCUCUGGAGUGGAACAUUAACUGGCUGCUUGCUAGGAGUCUGGAUACCAUUAGAGAGCAUCCAGGUCUAGUUUGAUUCUUCACGUUGAUUACCCCCCACCCCCCCAAAAGGAGGACAAGAAGAGGUGGCCAUCAUCAGAUAUCGGGUCUACUGAGACGCACCAGAACCCUUGAAGUUCUCAGCUUUGAUGCAGUACAGUGAACCCGGUUCAAGAUGACGGAAGAGGUGAUUGUCAUCGCCAAGUUCGACUACUUGGCCCAGCAGGACCAGGAGCUGGACAUCAAGAAGAACGAGCGCCUCUGGCUCCUCGACGACUCCAAGUCCUGGUGGAGGGUUCGGAACGCCACCAACAAGACGGGCUUCGUGCCGUCCAACUACGUGGAGAGGAAAAACAGCGCCAGGAAAGCUUCUAUCGUCAAGAAUCUUAAAGACACACUAGGAAUCGGGAAGGUAAAGAGCAGAAAAGGAGGGAUGAGGGACACGGCCUCCAACGCAGACACAGACAUGUACGCAGACAACGGCGAGCGGCUGUACGACCUCAACCUCCCCGCCCUGGUCAAGUUCAGCUACACAGCUGAGCGAGAGGACGAGCUGUCGCUGGUGAAAGGCACGCGCGUGGUGGUGAUGGAGAAGUGCAGCGACGGCUGGUGGCGCGGCAGCUACCAAGGCCGCUCUGGCUGGUUUCCGUCCAACUACGUGACGGAGGACAUGGAUGGGACGGCGGGGGGAGGGGGCAUGGGCGGGCUCGGAGACCCGGCGGGAUCGCUGACUGAGAAGCUGGCGGCGGUGGUGAACAGCACCACCAACGGAAACAGAGUACUGCACACGGUCCAGGCGCUGUACCCCUUCAGCUCCGGCAACGACGAGGAGCUGAACUUCGAGAAGGGCGAGGUGAUGGAGGUGGUGGAGAAGCCGGAGAACGACCCCGAGUGGUGGAAGUGUCGUAAAGCAGACGGACAGCUGGGCUUGGUGCCUAAAAAUUACGUCACUGUGCUGGACUCCACCUUCCAUAAACCUGGAGCAGGGCCCGCCGGGCCGCCAACACCCGACUGUGACUACAUCUCGCCCUCAGGCACCGGGCGCUUCGCAGGGAAGGAGUGGUACUAUGGAAAGGUGACACGCCACCAGGCAGAAGUGGCCCUUAACCAGAGAGGCAUCGAGGGGGAUUUCCUCAUUAGAGACAGCGAGUCGUCGCCAAACGACUUCUCCAUCUCCCUGAAGGCGCAGAGCAAGAACAAGCAUUUCAAAGUGCAGCUGAAGGAAGACCUUUACUGCAUCGGACAGCGCAAGUUCAACUCCAUGGAGGAGCUUGUCGAACACUACAAAAAGGCGCCCAUCUUCACCAGCGAGCAGGGAGACAAACUGUACCUGAUCAAGGCCCUGGCUGCCUCCUGAUCCCUCUCUGCCGCACACACUCACACAUACACGCACUUACACACACACACACGAAUAUAGAUCGUUAACUGCAUCCAUAUAUAUACAGAUACUUAACGCCAGAACACACACUAACAUUCAGACUCCCAGCCUGAGGACUUAACACAUCAUCAGGACUUUAACGCCCGAUUUGUGAGCAUUCCAAGAGGAGGGAUGGAAAAAGGAUGGGAGAGGAGGACACUGAGGGGAGACAAAGAGACUAUGGACUCCAGAGAGACGACUACAGACCUCUUGGUCGCCUAUUUUAAAUUAUCCAGAUGUGUUAGGUCAUAGGCAACGCCAUGUAUUUCCACCUUUAUCUAUUAGAGUCGCAUUUAGUUUCCUCUUUUUUUUUUUUUUUGUUGAUAAUAUAUAAUCUUUUUAACAGUUUCUUUUUAAAAUGUGAUUUUUAACUAUCCAACACACAACAACAACAACAACACAGGAAUUUUUCAGACGUUAGUCCAACCCAUGGAAGUCUACACUGCAACUCAUUCUUGUGUCAUCUGCUUGUGGACACGCUAAUCCAUGACUUCCGCCUAACUGCUAAUCAUGAAUAAAAAAACAAGUGACCAAAAUAUAUUUAUUGAUAAAGUUCUGUCGGGAUCACAGUCGCAGAAACACUCGUCUGAUUCUACGGAGAGUAGUCGUUCAUUUUUCUUUCUUUCUUUUUUUUUUUUUUUUUACAACAGAACUGCUUGUCUCACAUAUUGCUGUAUCCAUAUCAUGUGAAUGUUACAAACCUGAGGCAUCACAGGCAGGCGGGGGAGGCGGGCUUAAGUAAAUCCCAUGACUUUGCAUGCAUGCACGCUAACGGGAUAGCGUCCUCCUCACGCCUUCGCUGCAUCUCCUAAAAGGAAAGAUUGACGGUCUGCGUUUAGUGACGGGGGGUGUGUAUCCGUGCGUUUGGAGGUUGCAAAGUUUUCUUUGAUAGUCUGGAGACUCCCCUUCCCUCCUCUUGUUGGAUUGUGGCUGACAGCUGAUGUGUCCUUGCAGACGCUUUUGCCAAAGGGUACGUUUUUUUCUGGAGAUGAACAGAGCAAUCGGGCGAGGUUAUUGGGGGUGAACCCUGCUUGCUGGGAAAGAAAGAUGGGAGGGGAAUUGAUGGACCGGUCCAGGCAGUCCAGAGAAUGAUGUCACUUCUCCAGAAUUAGUGAUCACUGGAGGGAACAGAGGGUCACAAAGGGGUCACAUUCGUGUGGUUGCAGCGCACAUACAUGAAGCUAGGAAACGCCCUCUUCCUUUAGGGAUUUUCAGACACAACUCUGAACAGUCAAGAAAAGAAAAGCAACCUCGUCUAGUACCUCUGCGUUCAUUCAAGAGAGGAAAUCUCUCCGUUUGUAUUUCCCAGAAGAACACAUGGUUUGUAUUUACAGUAUAGGUCCCUAGUGAGUGGGUGUUUGUUGAGUGGAAACGGACCAAGUAGAGUUGAAUGUCGAGGGGGCAGCUCGCAUUAGCGCCUGCAAUCAGAGCUGCGGCAGCGCCUGGCAGGGAGCCGCUCGAGCAGUGAGGCUCAGGGAAGAAGAGGAGGAUGAUGUUGAAGCUCUCCGUGAUGAGUUCUCCAGCUGUUGGAUGGAGCGCAGAGAGAAAAAGAGACCGAGAGAGAGGAAAGGAAAGGAAGGAAUGGAAAAGUGGACCCUUAAAAACAAAAGUAGGAUCUAUUGGGAGGAGAGCAGUAUCUGGAUUACCACUCCCAGUCAUGAAGGGGUGGGGGAAUCUGAGCGCAGGCCAAUGCUAAUGUAUCACAGCAGAGAGGAAAAGGAUUUCUGCAUGGCAGUGUGUUCAGAGAGCUUUGAAGGUCUCUUAAGGACGGGCGUGAAAGAGUAGAAAACACGGGUGUGAACUUUUUGACGUUCUCCCUCUCCUCCCCGAGAUGAUUGACAGAUCUAUUCAAACCAGAGCUGUGUGAUGACUGAGUGUUCUGGAGCUUUAAAUGAUGGAUUACGAACAGUGGAACAAUUAGCUUUCAGUUUGAGUUAUGAUGAGAUAAAAAAAAGGCGAGUUCUAAUUAUUCAUCUUCUGGGAUGAGAUUGUGAAUUAUGUCAGAUUACCAGUUAAAAGAAAAAAACACAUUCCAGGAUUUAAAAAGCGUCUGUUUUCAACGACAUGGUUCAAAUGUAAACACAGGAUUGUUUAUCAGCGUGUAAUGAUUUUUUUUUUCUUUCUUUUUUUUUUUUAAGUUUUGGUCCCUGAAUUUUCAGAUUCCUCUCAGUGUAAGCUGACUGUUCUGUCUGACGUCUGUGCCUGUUAUGUCCCCUCUGUUAUAACUCACCACACGAGUAUUUGGGUUAUACCAAUCCUGUUACGUGUCGUUUAUUGCACUCGACCCACCCAGCUGUUUUUAUCUGUGCCAUUUUUUUUGUUCUGACAAUUAACACGAGAUACUGUUUGCUUCCAGACAAAUACUAUCAGCAACCUUUUUCUUUUUUGGAAAUCCUCCUCGACCAUGCUUCCAGCUCUGCAGCAUCUGCGACAUUACGCAGCAUGAAAACGCCAACUCUAUGUGCCCCAGUUUGAAGGAUUUAGGAGAUUUUUUUCAUGUGCCUUCACAGCUUUCUGUCAACCAAAGGUUUUAUGUCCCCCCUUUAUUUCCCACCCCCCCUUUUGUCAUCGCCAUGCACUAUUUGGUUAAAGCUUUGCAUGUGCGUGAGUUAUGUUUGAUUUGUGAGCUCCAUGUUGAAGGGUGUCAAACAACAUCCUGAGAUAAAAGGAAGGGGUAUUUCCUUAUUCAGUUGACAAAGGCUCAACCUCUUUUUUAUUUUUGUUGUCAUGCAUAAAAUGCCCAUUUUUGAGGUGAUGUGUCUAGUUUUCAAGUGACCUUACCUUUACGGAUUUCAUCACUUUAAUUGAACAGUGAAUGCUUACAUGUACAGUAUAAGAUAUGUGAUGUUGAUUCAGAAACAGAACUCCCAGGUGUGAUGUAAUCAUGACCUGUAUCUCAUGUUCGAGCACCUCAAACACAACGGUAUCACAUGUUGUUGGUUGUGAAGAAACAUUUGUGUUUCAUACGAGACUAGUGUCACUUUUGCAGUUUAGCCACUCAAAUAUGUAAAAAGAGUUUUAAAAAAAAUCCUCCACACGUCAAUGUUUUAUUGAUUUUCAAACACAGAACUAUACGGAGUCUCUGAAGCCCUGCAGAGGUGAUUCGUUUUUAGCUUGUGUGCACAAUAGUCAGUUGUGCGCAUGAGUUAUUAUAUUUUGCAGACAAGUUAUCUUGUAUAAGAUAAAAAUGAGUGUGCAGAAAUAAAAGGGACUUCAGAGGCUCUGUAUGACUGAUAUCGUCCUUCGUAGAUACUCUUACAAAUUUGGAUUAAUGUACACCAAUGGAGGCCACAUGAGCAGAUCCUCGUAGCUGUACAGAAAUGAUGAAAAGUCUGCUUAAAACAGCAUACUCGAGUUUUGACGAACAUUCUCAAGAAAUCAUUUCUGAAACUACAAUAAUGCACCUGCAACCUUUUUCUUUCUGACCACCAGACAAGCCUGAGACGACCUUUGGUUUCUUGAUAAUGUUCCGAACAAAUGAGCCUGUGUUAAACUUUUGGUGCUUUAGUGCUGCUUACAUUUCUAUGGUGUUCUUUGUCUCAAAAAAAAGCUUCUGUUUUUGUUGUUUCUUCCCCCCCCCCCCCCCCCCUGUAUGAAAGAGAGUGAAGAAAACAGACCCAUGCUGUGGAAUGAGAAAAGGCAGUGCUGUGAAAUUUAAUGUCAUGCUCUUAAUACUGUUUUAUGGAGGGGAGACCGUCUUCAGGUGUAAUAAUUUAGAAGAGUUUAUUAGAGUGUUCAAAAGAUGUAAUAAACAAUGAGAAAAGGA